CUAGUGCCUCCGGAUGCAAACACACUGCGUGGCCCUUGCGAGCGAUUCUCAAGGACGCCCCAAGCGCGCUUGCUGGGCGAGACCGACGUCAGAGCGCUACGAACAUGACACUUUCAGGAACUGUGGAGGUGGCCUCAAGCUGGCCCAACGGACUCCACGGUCGUCGUCGCUUGUGGUACCGAUUCUGUCAGUUUCUGACAUUCCGCGAGAACCAGAUGACUUCGUUGCGCCCUGAUUGGAGAUGCAGAUUAGGGGGAGCCGGCGUCAGCGUCGUCGAUCGUGUUGUGGAAUUGGCGCUGAAAUCCAGAUGGCCAAGAGAAUGGAUGGACAUUGCAGGAAUUGACCGGACGCGGAACGGAGACAGUCGACACGCACGAGGGAAGGGGGAUUGGAAGGGAGCAAGGCACGUGGUUAUCAUCGGUCCUGCCAAGACUAGUGUCUUGUCCCGGCGGCGCCCGGACAACUUCUGUCAAGACUCAAGACUCAAAAUCUUGUUCAGGCUGGUCGGCUUCCUUUCAACCCUCCGAUUCGGCCGGCAGGGCGAUCAACGACCAUCAACGGAACAGACGCGCGGAACGGGAUUACGUGCAGGGCGGUUCUGAAGCAAGGGUUAGUUAGAAUUCGAACAUGGAUACAGUUCAAGUGGGUCGCAUGCUCUUACAGCUCACGUAGCCUGGCGACCGAUGCGACUUGGCCCCGGCCGAUCCCAGUCUCGAGAGAUAUCAGCCUGAACAUCAGAGAUGUCAAGCAGAACCAUCGGAGCAUCGCGAAAAAUGUUUACUGCCGGUUGGACUAGUGAAUUUUUGAUCGAUUUGAAUGGAAUCCCACGGUCGAAUAUGAUAAGAUGCUA